AGGGCUGCCAGCCUAGGGGUGUAAAUUUUCACCCAGAGCCUGCCCCAGGGAAGUGGCCAUCUCUGGACAUUUGGAUAAAGAGAGAAGGGGGCGGAAAUUCGUGCCCAAGACGUCAUUCGGUUUGGCUGGCGAGCUGCUAAGGUCACUUUGAAGGAUUAUGGGCAGCGGCAUGAGUAAGAUUCUUCCUGGUCUCUUUCUUGGGAACAUUGUAGAUGCCAAAGACCUCGAUCAGCUGAGCAAGAAUGAUGUCACCCACAUCGUCUCCAUUCACGAGUCCCUGCAGCCCUUCAUUCCGGGAAUCACUUAUCUUCGGAUUGUCCUGCCAGACACACCGGAGGCCAACAUCAAGAAGCACUUUAAGAAAUGCAUCAAUUUCAUUCAUUCCUGUCGGCUGCAAGGAGGAACCUGCCUCGUUCAUUGCCUAGCUGGGAUCUCCCGCAGCACCACCAUUGUCCUGGCUUACCUCAUGGCGGUGACACAGCUGAGCUGGCUCGAGGCCCUCGAAGCGGUCAAGGCCGUGCGCCCGGUGGCCAACCCCAACCUGGGUUUUCGUCGGCAGCUGGAGGAGUUUGGACGUAGCCGGUCUGUGCAGAAGAUCCGCCGGAAACUUCAGCCCCCGCCCCGAGGAGCCGUUCUCAGUGACCGCGAAGCUCUCCAAAGUCUUCUGCCAUCUGGCCGAAAGCUGGUGCCCUCCCGCCCUGAACGGGCUUGGCCGGCCCCGGGGCCCAAGAACACCGGCAGCGGAGUCAAACACAUGGAUUCUUUUCUGAUUCGGGUGAAGGACUCUUUUUCCUGUUUGCCCAGUUGUCUCAAAUGAAACUUUUCCAAAGUUUUUUUUGGGGAAAAUGCAAGGAGAGUCCCACGAUGGGGAAGGAAAAGCAGGAACAGACAAACAGGAUGUCCGUUGGCAUCCUUAAGAGGGAAGAGAAAGGACUGGGCAGAGCUGGAGAUGAGGGUCUGGAAAACGUUGGCAGCGCCAGGCAAAGCUGGCACAUUUUUUUUCCCUGCUCCAAUCGCUUAUCACAACCGAGGGGCCAUUACACCCCCCCUCCCCAAAUUCCCAUGGGAAGGAUUUUCAACUCGAAGCAUCCCAGCCAUGGGCAAACGGAUUCCCGAGAUGUCCUAUUAUU